AACACGCGGCUAGAUAGUUAACUGUCUAGCUAUACCUAUGCAUUUUAGUACCUAGUGAUUCAUUAUUAAUUUGAUGUGCUUUUGAUUAACAUAACAUUUCAAAUUGACAUCUUGCAGAUGCGUGUUCUAUCUUUACCGUUGAUUACAGAAUUUACCAAAGGACACGCAUGCGCCUGCUACACCGCCCGAAAACAAACACGAAUGAGGGGAGAACAUCUGGUAGCUGCGCUACACAAUGAAAGGCAACGGCAGUAUCUCGGAACACAAGUAGGGAGAUACGUGGAAAACAGAUCAAAUACGGAUUCCAGUUUUGAAGAGCCACAGACCGCCCAGGGGCACAGGCAGGGCUGCAGAAAGAAUUGGACAGGAAAACCUUGAAAGGGCUGCUCGACUGCAAGAAGAGAGGCUGGCCGAGAUGGUAGUACCAUCUACCUGGAGUAAUUUUUGACAUCAUGGAGUACCGGAGAGCUAUCCCACGGUCUCCAGACAACCUCGCUGGUGCACCUGCAUGAAUUACAGGGAGACUCCUGCACCUUACAACACACAACUGCUGCCAUUUCACCACUGCAAUAUUCAAUUGAUUUAUUACCAAGCACUUGUGAUGGCUUCCUGUAUGGUGUCUAUCCUCUUCCUGUUCCCCCUAAUCGCCGCCAUGUCAGCAGAAGAAGUGCCAGGCUGCAAGAUCCGGAUCACUAACAGGGGGCUCGAAAUGUUGAAGUACGAGACGCAGAAAUUUGUGGUUGAGGAACUGAGCAACAUCACCAUGCCAGAGAUGAAAGGCAAAGAGGGCCACUUCCAGUACACCAUCAAAGAGGUGAAGAUAAAUGAGCUGAACCUGACCUACGCUGACCUGGCCUUCCAGCCUGGCCUAGGACUGCUCUUCAAGGUGCAGAACUCCUCCAUCGCUCUCAGCUUCCAGAGACACAUCUUAUACUGGUUAUUCUAUGACACCGGAGCCAUCAAUGCCUCUGCAGAAGGUGUGGACAUCCACACUGUCCUGCACACGACCAGAGAUGAGUUGGGACGCCUCAAGAUCUCCAACAUCACCUGCGAUGCCUCCAUCGCCAAAAUGAAAAUUAAGUUCACUGGCACCUUGGGGAGGGUGUAUGACUUCCUGGCGACUUUUUUGACCACAGGAAUGCGCUUCCUUCUGAACCAGCAGAUCUGCCCUGUCAUGAACCACGCUGGUUUGGUUCUAAUCAACACUUUGUUGGAGACAAUUCCAGUGCGAACAGAAGUAGACAACUAUGUGGGGAUCGACUACUCCCUCCUCAGUGACCCCGUGGUGACUUCAAGGAGCCUUGACAUGGAUUUCAGAGGCAUGUUCUUUGAGCUCGGGAACGAGAGCAACACCUUGGUGAACUCUGCCAUCAACCCAAUUGUGAGAGAGUACGACCGCAUGGUGUACCUGGCUCUGUCCGAGUACUUCUUUGACAGUGGGUUGUACUCCUAUUAUAAAGCUGGCAUAUUCCAAAUGAAUAUCGCCAACGAGCACAUGCCAAAGGAUCUGGAGAUGCUCCUUAGGACAACAUAUUUUGGCAUCAUUAUGAUGAUUAACCCAGCCCUGGUGGAAUACCCUAUCUCCCUGCAACUGGAGUUGAACUCUGCCCCCAAGACAACCGUCAAGACCUCCGGGGUCACCGUGGCCAUCACUGCCAUCGUCACGGUGAUGGUGCUACCGCCCGGCAAGGCGCCUGUUCAGCUCAGCAGCAUGACCAUGGAGGCCAAAUUCAAUGCCAAGGUGUCCAUGAAGGGCAAGAGACUGGCUGUUCACGCAGACUUGAGGAGGUUUAAAAUCUACUCCAACCAGUCUGCUUUGGAAUCACUGGCGCUUAUUCCCUUACAAGUCCCCCUCAAGACUAUGUUGCAGAUCUCAAUAGUACCCAUAAUCAAUAACUGGACCAAGAGAGGCGUCGCUAUCCCUCUUGCAGAUGGUAUGGACUUCAUAGAGGAAGUGGUGGAGUAUCAUAACGGUUACCUCAUCAUUGGGGCAAACCUACAUUUCAGCAAGGGCCUAAGGGAGAUGAUCGAGAGGAAAAUCCAGGCUGAUGCCGAGAACGCCAUCUAAAGAGAAUUAUCCACCAGCAAUAACCAAGGAUAGAUAUCUUAGAUAAACACCCAUCCAAUCCUGUGUUUCUAUGUCCUCAAGGGCACAUGCCUUAUCUACAACAUGGAGCAGACUCUACUGUAACAAUUUCACCAAACCAUGCGGAUUCAAAAUCUUUUAAGAAUCCAAAUUAAUAAGCUAGGCUGCAAUCUGUCCAAUAUAUAUGAGAGCGAAAUGGACAACACAAAUCAUACUUAUGUAGAAAGAUCACCAUAAUAAUACCACAACUUUAGUAUUUUUUUUCCUAUUUAUUGCUAUUUUGAAAAGUGCUUUAAAGAUACUUUUAUAGUUGCCUAAUUUUUUAAUAGUCUAUAGAGAUAAAUCAUCAACAUUCUUGCCUCAGAAGGGCACAUACUGUAUGUGAGUGUACUACUCAAAACAAUACCUGACCUCGCGUCAUAAGAAUUGCCCAUGGUCAUGUCAAUGCCCAUGCUAAUGUCAGGAAUUAAUUGUGUGCUCUCCACCAUCCUUUUAAAAAUGACAAUGCAUUGUAUAAUGUAUAAUAUAUGCUAAACUUAAAACAAAUUUAAAAUGUGUUUCUACAAAAAAAAUGGCUUCUUUACUUUACCAUUAGUCAAAUGGAGUGCUAGCUGGUGAGAAUAAAAUGUACUAUAUGAGAAAUGAAAUGUUUAAGGAAUGUUAACAAAAAAAAAUGUAAUUUUGUAAAUAUGGCUUCAUACCUGCAAAGACUAUUCAAUGAUUGAAAGGCUUUCCUUACAUGUGUAACUAGGGCCUAACCGAACAACAUUCAGUAUGACAAUGUGUUUAAUAAAUCAAUCCCAAAAUUCAUAAACAGACAAAAACAACAUUUUCUUGU